AUGCAAUACAAGAAGACUCUAACUACAGCUGUUCUAUCUACCGCCGCUAUGGCUGCAUAUCUACCAAAGGAUCCAUGGUCUACUUUGACUCCAUCUGCUACUUUCAAGGGUGGUUUAACUGACUAUGCUUCUACUUUCGGUAUUGCCGUCCAACCAAUUGCUACUACUUCUGCUGUCGCUAAGAGAGAUGCUGUCUCUCAAAUCAAUGACGGUCAAAUUCAAGCUACAACCAAGACUACUGCUGCUGCUGUCUCUCAAAUUGGUGAUGGUCAAAUCCAAGCCACUACCAAGACUCAAGCCGCUGCUGUCUCUCAAAUUGGUGACGGUCAAAUCCAAGCCACUACCAAGACUCAAGCUGCUGCUGUUUCUCAAAUCGGUGAUGGUCAAAUCCAAGCUACCACUAAGACUCAAGCUGCUGCUGUUUCUCAAAUUGGUGACGGUCAAAUCCAAGCCACUACUAAGACCACUGCUGCUGCUGUCUCUCAAAUUGGUGACGGUCAAAUCCAAGCUACCACCAAGACUACUAAGGCUGCUGCCUCUCAAAUAAACGAUGGUCAAGUCCAAGCUACUACUAAGAGCGUUGCCUCCACUCCAGCUUCUAACAGCACUGUCUCUUCCACCGAUCCAGUCACUGCUGAAUCAUGUAAGAACUCUGGUACUCUACAAAUGAACUUGAAGGGUGGUAUCUUAACUGAUGGUAAGGGUAGAAUCGGUUCUAUUGUUGCCAACAGACAAUUCCAAUUCGAUGGUCCACCACCACAAGCUGGUGCCAUCUACGCCGCUGGUUGGUCUCUAACCCCAGAAGGUAACUUGGCCAUUGGUGACCAAGAUACUUUCUACCAAUGUCUAUCUGGUAACUUCUACAACUUAUACGACGAACAUAUUGGUUCUCAAUGUCAUGCUGUCCACUUACAAGCCAUUGACUUGGUUGACUGUUAA